AUGGAGCUUGGAAAGAAUAAAGUGGCGAAGCGAUCUCUUCAUCAGAUGCAAACUCAAAGAAGUUCCAGAAAAGGGUGCAUGAGAGGCAAAGGAGGCCCAGAGAACGCUAUGUGCACUUACAGAGGCGUCCGGCAGAGAACUUGGGGGAAAUGGGUGGCUGAAAUCCGACAACCCAAUAAAGGUGCCCGACUCUGGCUCGGCACUUUCGACACUUCACGGGAGGCGGCGCUGGCUUACGACGUCGCAGCUAGCAAGCUUUACGGCAACUCCGCCAAACUCAAUUUCCCGGAGUUGUGGCUCGACCGGAGCGAACCUGUACUAGAACCUGAACCUAGCCAGCAAUUCACCCACUCCGGUUCGGGUAGUGUUGAGUCGGAUCAUGGGAACCCGGAAGAGGGUGAAGAUCAGCUAGGAAUAUGGGGGGAAAUGAAUUUGAGUUUGCCAGGUGUAGAGGUAGGUGACUCAGCCAUGUCUCCGUGGGACCUAGAUGAGAUGCCAACGGUGAUGGAUUUUGCCACGGUGGCAACCGAUGGAUCCUCUGAGAUUUCGAGCUGCGAACUAGUGGGGCCUGGCGGGAGAUGA